UAGAGAGGAUGGCAGCGGCUCUCGUCUCGCUCCCGCGUUGCCCUCCACCUCUCAUAAACCCUAAACCCUAUCCGCUUCUCCCCAGCUCCUCCUCUAUCAUCUCCAUCUCUAUCUCCAUCUCCAGAAGCCCGAAUGGCGUUUGUCUUUGCAAACGAGGUGGUCCCCUUGCUAUUCGUGCAGUGUUACAGCUCGACCACGCCCCAUUGCCGUCCCUUGAGAUAUCGAAGCUCGGGAUAUCGGACCAGAUUGUUGACGCUCUCUCCCGCCGUGGUAUCACCGAGCUUUUCCCUAUUCAGAGAGCUGUGUUGGAGCCAGCCAUGGAAGGUCGUGACAUGAUAGGCAGAGCUAUAACAGGAUCAGGGAAAACUCUUGCUUUUGGCAUUCCCAUAUUAAAUAACAUUAUUCAAAAUAAGAAUCAAAAUAGGAGAAAACAGGUCCCCUCUGCUCUUGUGCUGGCGCCCACUCGGGAACUUGCACGGCAGGUGCAACGGGAGUUUAAAGUUUCUGCACCUGGUCUGAGUAGUACCUGUCUCUAUGGCGGAAUACCAAUCAUGAAUCAAGUUCGUUCCUUAGAGUAUGGCAUGGAUAUUGUUGUUGGAACCCCUGGAAGAAUUAUUGACUUGGUUCAAAGGGGUGCUUUGGAUCUGUCUGAAGUCAAGUUCGUAGUUUUGGAUGAAGCUGAUCAGAUGUUGGCAGUAGGCUUUCAAGAGGAUGUUGAGUGCAUUUUGAGUUAUUUACCUGCAAGGAGGCAAUGCAUGUUGUUUUCAGCAACAAUGCCCUCAUGGGUUAAUGAUCUUUCAAGGAAGUAUCUGAGAAAUCCUCUAGUAAUAGAUCUUGUGGGUGAGACUGACCAAAAAUUAGCUGAUGGCAUUUCUCUCUAUUCAGUUGCAUCAACCUCCCUUAAUAAGCAGAAUCUUCUCCCCACAUUAAUCUCCAGAUAUGCAGAAGGUGGUAAGAGUAUAAUUUUCACUAGAACAAAAAUUGAUGCUGAAUCACUUUCUCGAUCCAUGAGGAGCAUUAUUGGUAGCAGACCAUUGCAUGGCAAUAUGCAACAGAUGCAUAGGGAUAAGACCCUUGCUGCAUUUCGCAGUGGAAAGUUUAAUGUGUUGGUGGCCACUGAUGUUGCUGCUCGUGGUCUUGAUAUCCCAAAUGUUGACUUGGUUGUUCAUUUUGAAAUGCCAAAUACAAGUGAAAUUUUUGUCCAUAGAUCUGGGCGGACUGGACGUGCUGGAAACAAGGGCACUGCAAUUUUGAUGUUCACUGAGAGGGAACGGCAUGCAGUCAGAACAAUUGAGCGGGAACUUGGCUGCAAAUUUAAGGAGCUGCAUGGGAUCACUGGUGGCUCUGACAGAAGAAUAGAUUCAUCACAUCCUGAAAGCAACUUUGAUGAAGAUUAUGAGGAAGAUGAUCAUGCCAGCUUUAAGAGAAAAGUAAACGAUAGGAAUGCAACAAGAAAUUUCGAAUUUAAUCCCAGGAAUAAUGAACGUUUCAGAAGAAGCAGUCCUAGGAAUUUUGAGCCCAGUAAUGCUCGCUAUAGCCAAGGCAGGGGCAGCCGCAUACAUAAAUUUGAUGACUUUGAGAACAACCGCUUGAAUAAUAGAAACUCAAAUUUCAAAAGCAGCAGUCCUAGGAAUUUUGAGCCCAAUAAUGCUCGCUAUAGCCAAAGCAGGGGCAGCCGCAUACCUAAAUUUGAUGACUCUGACAACAACCUCUUGAAUAAUAGAAACUCAAAUUUUAAAAGCUGGCAAUCAUCAUCAAGACAUAGAACCCAAGGAAGAGAAGCGCAUGCCACCAAAAGGAACAUCAGUGGACAUAGUAAGCAACGGUAUGAAAGGAACAACGACAGUGAGUAUGACGCUCUACUUGAUCUGUUCAAGGAUCAAUAUUAAAUGCAGGGGAGCAGCUGUGUAGGUGUGAGUUGUGAAAGGCAUAUGUUAUUAGCCAACCUUAAAGAUGGUUGGGACAACCAUGGCUUUGUUUACUAGACUUUAAUGGAUGCCAUGGACCCAUCUCAAGCAUAGUUAUCCUAUUAAUAUACAAAAUCAAAGGUUGCCAACGGUGCACUUCUAUGCUGCUUAUUUUACAUCAGACCAUCCAGACCAAUUCAGAGCUCAAGGUUGAAGCUCUCUAUUUUUUAUACAUAAUGAUUGCUGGCCUGCGGUUAAUCAGGUUUCAGGUGGACUAGGCGAUGGCUGUUUUUGCUCAUGUUUGUUAUUUGAUUGGUGGUCUGAACUUUGUGCCACCACAUUUAAAAUUUUUCAUCUUAUAAUUGUAAUAGUCUGAAUUAUUAUGGUGUUAGUCUGAUCAUGAGAACCAGACAUUAAAAAAGUACACAAUUUUAACCAGAAUGGAGUGUAUUUGUAUUAUUUUAUGA